CAACAGGCACUCAAAUCACUGAAUGACUUCUGCGCCCCAGCCAUGGUCCUGAACUUGUAUCUUGAUCUGCUCAAUCCAUCAUGCCGCUCCGUCUACAUCUUCGCCAGGCGGAACCAAAUCACCUUCGAAAUGAUCCCUGUGGACCUGAUGAAAGCUCAACAUCGCAGUGAAGACUUUGUAAAAAUCAACCCAUUCAUGAAGGUGCCAGUGCUGACGGAUGAAAGCUUCAUCUUAAGAGAGAGCAUAGCCAUUCUUAUAUACCUGUGCCGCAGAUACAGGGCACCAGACUACUGGUACCCUGCUGAUGCCAGGAGGUGUGCUCGGGUGGAUGAGUUCCUAGCCUGGGGAGAACUGAACCUGAAAAGGCAAUGCAACAAGUUCUUAUGGAUGAAGCUGCUGAUCCCCCACUUCUUCAAGUGUGACGUGCCCGAGAGCAAGGUGGAGGAGGCCACCGUCGAGCUGACCCGUACUCUGGGCGUGCUGGUGAAGAAGUUCCUGCAGAACAAGGCCUUCCUCGUGGGGGAGAGGCUGACCCUGGCUGAUCUGGUGGCUCUGGAGGAUGUGGUGCAGGCCCUUAGUUCUGGCUACAACAUCAUAGAGAACCGGCCCUUGAUACAACGGUGGCGUGGAAGGGUAGAAAGCACCUUGGGUCAGAUGCUCUGUGAUGAGGUCCAUGAGCAUAUCAUGACCCUCAAGAAUGCACCCCCUCUGACCUCUGACAUGGUGAGGACGUUUGAUACAAAGAGAGAUAUGCUGCUGUGAGCUGAGGAGGACAGACUGCCAUCUGGUGCUGACUCCCAUUCCAUAGACUGGCCACACACCAGGCAGCUGAAAACACAAUCUGUUCAGUCUCUCAAUAAAGA